GGAAGCGCAGGCGGCCGGGGCUGCGUCCCUGCCGGACCCCGGGAGGCGGAGCGAGAGCCCGGGCACGGCGGCAUCCUCUGGCGCGGCCAUCGCCGGGCUGCUCCAUGGAGAAGCGGGGCCCGGUGCUGCACAUCGUGGUGGUGGGCUUCCACCACAAGAAGGGCUGCCAGGUUGAAUUUUCCUAUCCUCCCCUAAAGCCUGGAGAAGGACAUGACAGUCACAGUUUACCAGAGGAAUGGAAGUACUUGCCAUUUCUUGCCUUACCGGAUGGUGCUCACAACUAUCAGGAAGAUACCGUGUUUUUCCAUUUGCCACCGAGAUGUGGGGAUCGAACCACAGUGUAUGGCGUCUCUUGCUAUAGGCAGAUUGAAGCGAAGGCAUUAAAAGUACGGCAAGCAGACAUCACCCGGGAAACAGUACAGAAAAGUGUCUGCGUCCUCAGUCAGCUGCCAUUGUACGGGUUACUUCAGGCAAAGCUGCAGCUCAUUACACACGCGUAUUUUGAAGAGAAAGACUUCUCACAAAUUUCAAUUCUAAAGGAACUUUAUGAUCACAUGAAUAGUUCCUUGGGCAGUACUUUGCUAGAAGGGUCACAAGUUUAUCUUGGUCUAUCUCCUCGGGAUCUUGUUCUCCACUUUAAACACAAGGUCUUGAUCCUUUUUAAACUGAUUCUUCUAGAGAAAAAGGUGCUGUUUUAUAUUUCCCCUGUAAAUAGGUUGGUGGGAGCUCUGAUGACUGUCCUGUCACUCUUUCCUGGUAUGAUUGAACAUGGUCUUAGUGACUGUUCACAUUAUAGACCAAGAAAGAGUAUAUCGGAGGAUGCUGGCUUGCAGGAAAAUACACCACGGCUGGAUGAGUAUGUUUCUGUGUCUGCUGCUGAUACUUCAGAUACAAACUUGGGAAUGGGAAAGGGAGGCAGGCAGAUGACAGGAAACAAUUCAGUGGAAGGUCAAAAAGCAAAUGUGCCUUUCUCCCAGUCAGAGAAGACUUGCAAUGGAGCUCAGUCCUCCAAUGGUACUGUGCAGCGCUUGAAAGUUCCUUCCCGUGCUUCUCCAGCAUCCUCUGAAAGCGACUGGGAGACCUUAGAUCCCAGCAUUUUGGAGGAGUCCAGCUUGAAAGAAGGUGAAUGUGAAAAUCCACCAUCAGAACAGGCCAAAAGUCUUCUGAGCAAAGGCAUGAGCUCAGAAGGCCUUCCCAUCACUGUGCAGCCCCAGGCAAACACAGGACACACAGUGCUUGUUCAGGGACUGGUAUCUGGGCUGGAAGAGGACCAGUAUGGGAUGCCACUGGCUAUUUUUACGAAAGGGUACCUCUGUUUGCCAUACAUGGCGCUGCAGCAACAUCAUCUCCUGUCAGAUGUCACAGUCCGCGGCUUUGUUGCAGGAGCGACCAAUAUCCUGUUCCGUCAGCAGAAACAUCUGAGUGACGCAAUUGUGGAAAUAGAAGAUGCUCAUGUACAAAUCCAUGAUCCAGAACUCCGUAAGAUCCUGAACCCAACAACUGCUGACCUAAGAUUUUCAGAUUACUUAGUGAAGCAUGUAACUGAGAACAGAGAUGAUGUUUUCCUUGAUGGCACUGGAUGGGAAGGAGGAGAUGAGUGGAUCAGGGCUCAGUUCAGUGCUUAUCUUCAUGCACUGCUUGCUGCUGUGCUGCAACCAGACAAUGAAAAAACUUUGUCAGACUUCGGAACAACAUUUGUAGCAGCCUGGAAAAAUACCCACAACUACAGAGUAUGGAAUAGCAACAAGCAUCCGGCUCUUGCAGAAGUAAAUUCCAGCCACCCAUUCCAGGGACAGUACUCCGUAUCAGAUGUUAAGUUAAGAUUGUCACACUCUGUGCAAAACAGUGAACGUGGAAAGAAGAUUGGAAAUGUGAUGGUUUCCACCAGCCGAAAUGUUGUACAAACAGGAAGAGCUGUAGGUCAGUCUGUUGGAGGAGCCUUCACAAGCGCGAAAUCAGCCAUGUCAUCCUGGUUUUCCACUUUCACGCAGUCACCCCAAAGCCUCGGUGACUAAGUGCUGGUUUUUCAUAAUGCUGCUGACUAUUUCAGGUGCAAUGCUUUCUCUGAGCUGUAAAAAGACUGCUCCAAAAUGUAGGAUUGGAGAUUAACUACCCAGGACCAAAAUAUGUUGCUUGCAAGCAGGUGUGGAAUGUUAUUAUUCAGUUUCACUAGAAGUAUAGAAGAAUGGUGAGUGUCUCCGUACAAUGGGGUGCAUUUGCAGUAUAUUGGUUAUAUUUAAAAUGACUACUUCUCUUUAAAACUGAGCCUUUAUAAAAACAUUAGUAAACAGGGCUUGUUGCAAGCCAAAUGUGUUUGACUUUAGAUUUGUACAUUUUCUUGGAUGUUGAAAAUAUUUAUGUAAACUAGUUAUAUUUUUCAAUCCAGAUAGCCAAAUGUUUGUGAAUUCUUGUUAGAAAUAAGCAGAAUAUAAAUACUGAUUCCUCUUUCAGGUUGGAUUUGAGAGAAUCUCUGCAACCCUUAAAGGGUUCCAAGCCAGGUGGAACUUUCUCGCUUUCACCUGCAAACUAAACAAGGUGCAGAGUAAGACUGUGGCUGACAAGGGUUUUUUUUCCUUUAUCCUCUGUAUCCAUGUACACUGUAGCACUGUUUGAAUUAAUCUGUCUCUGGCUCUCUUUGUGUCUCCAAAUUUAUGUGACAGUUGCAAAAUCAGUAUUUUUUUUUCAUGUCACAACUUUGCAUAUGUUUUUGCUGUGUUUUUACCCUGGGACACGAAUGGGAUUCCAGCUGGAGAGAUCUCUUCAGGGAAAGUAUUACAAAACAUUUCUCCCAAAUUGGGAAUGGAUCUCAGAAAGUUUUGAGGUCUUGCUCUAUUAGGAUGUAAUUACAACAUCAAUGUAGUUUGAUACAUAAGAAUACAAAGUACUAAACCCACCCAGAACUAGAACAGUAGCAAACUCUGUGUGGCUUUUUUUUCCCCCCAUACUAAAGUGAUGAAGAUUCUUCCAAAUGAAAAUCAGCUAUAUCGAUUUUCUGUGUCGACUCAGGGAACGAUCCAUUUGGAUAACUACUUUUUUCAUAAGGAGAGUAACACUAGAAUUGAGAGAGUAACUAAACUGUCUCAGUUCGUAUCCUUGUGGGAAGAAAUUUGUUUGAAAAGAUGUGGCACAAUUCUGUAUUUCCUAUGUGACAUGCAUGGGCUGUCUUCUGUAUGCAAGCGUAUUGCACUUCCUACGUCUUGAUUCCAAGGGAGAUUAUUUCCUGUUUUCUUGCAAUGUGUGUGCCUCUGUAUGCCUUCUGACAUCCCCACAUGGUAGCUGUUAACAUUUUCUACAUUACAUUAUCAAGUGUUCCAACUUUUCUUUACCAAAAGGCUCUUAGUUUAUUGCCUCACUGGUAUCUUGUCAGCAUUUAGCCAUGUUCCUUUCUGGGGCCAAGAUUUCUAGUCAUGGUUAUUUCUCCUAUUCCUCAAAUGAAAUGCAGCAGCUGUACAAGAGAUAAACAAGAAGGCUUGAAUGUAAUGGGUUUUAAGAAAUUAUGUUCUAAUUUCUUAUGUGCAUUUGUAAAGCUAAUAGAAAAGCUACAUUUGCAUCACGCUGUCACCAUCCAGCAACAUGGUUUCCAGUUUUUUUGCAUCAAACAGUGAUUUGAAAAUGCAGGAUCUGGUUUAAAGCCUGCAUUAAUUUUUUUUCCAGGACAAAUUAGGUAGAAUGACUGUGGAAAGCCUGAAAGUAUACAGCUAGUUUGAGUAGUUUGAUUUGAGAAGGGCAAAAAAGGCCCCUAAAGCUCUAUUAAUCUACUGCUUCUGACACAAGAAGUAAGAUGUAUCUAUUGCUUCUAGUCUCUGUGUGUAUUUGUAUAUCUUCUAACACUUCUGAUGCUCUUUUCUGUUUUAUUCCACAACUCUGUAAUAGACAUUUGUAUCUUUUCAAAGACUAGGUAUUACUUUAUAUGCAGUGAAGUAAGACUAGAACUGUCUUGAUUCGUGGUGAGUCUAGACCUUUCUGAUUCAGCAUGCAGAUAAGAAAAUAACCAAAAAUAAUCCCUUGCUUUUGUGAAAUGACUAAUGUAUUGUCUGCUGUCUGGGAUUUAAAUGGUCAGGGUUUGUGCUGUAAUGAAGACUGCAGAAAGGUUCAUAAAGUACUUAAGCACCUAUAAAACUUAACUUCAGCAACUUAAGGCACACUAGGUAGAUUUAGGCUUAGGGGCUCAGGAUGGUGAGUUCUAGAAGCCAGGCAAGUGGUUGGUAUUUACAAGGUGUAGAAACAGGACCUUUAAGGAUCCCUUUUCAAUAUCCUUGUUUUUGUCACCUCCUCACAUGCGUUUUCUCUGUAGAAUUCUCCUAUGUUCCAAAUUUAUAUGGCAGAUGUAUUAGCUCUCAGCAUUUCCCUUACUCUGACAGACUCCCUUGCUGGCCUAGGAAUACUAGAAAGCUGACUUUUGUUCAUUUGUUUGUUUUGUGGUGGAUUAGUCUGAGGAAAGGCAGAAUGAGGUGGCAUCUGGAGUGCUAAGCUGACGCAUAGCUCCUUGCUGCUUUGUACAGCAACUCUGUCACGAUACUUCACAGUAUUUCUCUUAUGGGCAAGGACGGAUCUUUCUCUGCAGUCUUAUUCUCACUGUCCCAGCUGUCUCUGUUGUGGAGCCAAACUUUUGAUCUAAUUAAGAGUAUUUUCCUUUCUUUACAAAUGACAGAAUAAAAAACUUGUAUUAAUUUUCAAUCUUUUUAAGAACUGGCAUCCUGCUAGCAAACUGAUCUUGGAUUUAAACUUGUACAGCGAUUAAGACUCAUGGAGUGAGUGGAGAUGAAGUGAUCUUCAUAAUUAGUCGUCUUCAUUAAUAUCUAUGUUUGCUCUUUGAUAUUUGCUUAAGCUUACUUUUGGGCUGUAGAAAGGCAUGCAGCCACUGAGGUUCAUCUAGUUCUCAUGUAGUUCUCUUCUUAAUUUAAUGUUUGUAACAUCUUUAGUUAAAUCCAAUGCAAAUGCAAGCUAUUUUCCUCUCCUCUGUUUUAAAAUUUCCAGUGCAGGCAUUAUUAAUUAUUCAGAAAGAUUUAGGCAGUUGACUUCCAUUUCAAAGACCCUGACAUGCAUUUCUGCGCUGUAAGAAACAAUGAGUCUUAAGUGAAUUGGUGAUAGUGCCUUUAAAUCGGUCAACUGUGAAGGUAUUGUUACAGCUCUGUUGUGAUUUGAAGUUGCAAAGGUAUUUCUGGCUGUCAACAUGCAGCACACACUGACUUACAGGUAAUGCAAUAGCACACCUCAACUUUCUGUCAUCAAAGGCAUCAACUUCAGCUUUUUGUAUGUGCCAGCAUUUGAGGAACUGCCUAUUGAGCAUAGGUAUGAGAUGUAAGUCCCCAAAGCCCCCUGAGAUUCAAGUAUUGCUGACCUAAUAUUUCAUUUGACUAAAGAGUUCAGCAUCUUUUAUCAAUCAUUUUCAUGUCAUAACCUUGAUUCCUGUGCACAUCUGACACCAGUUUCCUCAAAUGUCACAAUGUAAUUAGACUUUUUAGGUCAGUGUUCUAGUACAUUGCACUUGUUUGACCUUGUACAUCUGUUUUAAGCACCUUUGUAAUUAAAUAUAAUAUUUUGCCUAAACAAGCUUCUGAUUUCCAUACAAAUUAUUACUAAGCAGAGAAAUUUAUGUGGCAGUAUUUAAUUGUAAAAGUGAAGGCGUGAAUGCUGUUUUUAAACAUAGAAACUGUUGCUUGAUAAUUGAACACACAAGUAAUGUAUUUGAUUUUUCUUGUGCUGCUUGAAAAAUAAAAUACAUCCAGCCUGUUUAAAGUUUGGUCUGCUCAAAAAGCUGUAUUAUUUUAGUAAUUUAACCCCACCAGAAGACACUUGCAGGCAUCUGGUUUUGAUAUUGGUAGCUGCUUGUAAUUCACUGGCAGUCUUUUUGAAAUUCGUCUUCCAUUUAAACUGAUGGUGGAUGCUGCUUUUUGCAAAUUUAGGACAAGAGGAUCCUUUAGUGUGACUUCUUAUUCCCUAUGGGGUGCUGCUCAUUGUGAAUUGAUUAAAGUGUUCAGGAGGUCACAGACCUCUUACAUCAGUAAAAACUUCAGGUACAACUAAAAUUUUGGUGUAGAUUUAGCUUCAAAGUAGCAUGUAGUUCCUGUGGAUUGUGACAUCUGGUCAAAACCAGGAUGCCAUGUAAAUGAAUUGCUGCACAUCCAGUUCUCUGCCAUAGUGAGCUGUUUUAAGACUUUGAAACUUCUGCCAUAAUGUUGUUGUACCUACGUGAGAAUGAUUUGGUAACUGGGUGUUUCCAGUAGGAGGAAACUUAACUGCCUUGAGUAACAUUCAGAUGUGAAUUAGAUGGAGCUUAUGUCUAGCGAACAGCUGCAAUUCUCUAAAAUUUGUUAAUGUAUUUCCGACCAUGUGCAAGUAGUUGUGCAAACACACUGAAAGAUAAAUUUACAUCAUGUUUUUUAUGCACUGUAAUUUUACUUUCUUGCAGGUAUUUAGUUUUCAUUAAAAAGGGCAACAUGGAGGGUAUUCAUUAAAGGGAAAAACACUACAUUAUUGUAUUAUGAUUAAAGAUGUAUGACAAAUUGC